AUGAGUGAACCACAAUCACCUAAUUCAUCAUCAUCUUUAUCAUCAAAUUCAAAUGGUUGGUUUCGACAACAACCAUAUUUUGCUGCUUUUUCCAAUCCAGCAUUAUUGGAGAGUAUCAUGCAUCAUCAACCAGAACCAAAUAAUAUUAAACUAAAUUUUAAUCAUCGUAUACUGCGUCUAGUAGGUACACGAGAUCCAUUCAAAUUAUUUCUUGAUCUCGAACAGAUAAAAAAGAAAUGGUUCUAUGCACAAGAUACACGACAAAUUUCAAAACGAAAAAAAUUUAUACAAUAUGUUCUUGAUACUCAUAUAAUGGAGAUACUUUAUCCGAGAUUACAAGGGAAAUCUGAUUUGAUUCGAAUGAUUGUCAAUGUCUAUCGACAAAUUCAACAAGAAGCAUUUGGCAUAGUUUUAAUUAAUAAAGAAAAUAAAGUAUUCUUGGUACAAAAUGAAAAAUAUUAUUGGAGUUUCCCAAAAGGUAAACUGAAACUGAAUCCUGAAACAUAUACAUUCGAAAGUCAAUGGUCAUGUGCAUUGAGAGAAUUUUCUGAAGAAGUUAACAUCGACUUAAGUUCAUGGUCUCCAUCGCAAUAUUGGGAAGCUCGUUUAGCUGAUGAUCGAAUGGUGGGAUUGUUUGUGAUUGAAAAUUUUGAUGAAACAAAUGUUCAUUUUGAAUAUGACAGACGAGAGAUUAUUGAUAUAAUGUGGUUCAAUUUACAUGCAAGUAAUGAUGAAAUGCAUACAUUAAGACAAUAUUGGAAAGAACAGCAACGAUUAAGUGAUCCUUAUUAUACAGCUCUUCCAUUCAUUGAACAUUUGAUUUUUGAAUAUUUACCGUAUAAGGAAGAAAAAGAAUUCAGACAAUCUCCAUCGUCUAUUUCGAUGCAUAGCGAAGACGAGAAACGUUUAUCAUCAUCAGGAAAUUCAGUCAUUGAUAAACUUUUGGGUCGUUUACCUAUUUGGCCAUCAGCACCAUCUUCUCCAUGUUUAUCUCCGCCACCAUUAUCUUCAUUGAUUUCAUCCGAAAAAGAUGCUGGCUUUGAAUUAUUAAAUUUACUUCAACAACAACAAAAAUCAAAGGAAGAAUCAUCCGAAUUAAACCAUGUCGACACAAGUCGAAGUGCGAUGAGUAUAGUUGAUCGAUUGAAUGAAGCUAUUCGUCAAGCUAAGUGCAAUAAUAAUUCUAAUCCAACCAACAAUGCUGAUCAUCGUAUUGCGGUUCAAGCCUAG